AUGGCGCUUUCCUCGAACAACGCGUUGGUGGCAAAGGCGGGGCAGGCGAAGGCGCAGGGGCAGGCACCAACACCAAAGGCGCCGGCGCCCAAAAGGACUAAGGGGCCGCAGGUGCCAGCGAUCCCACCACUGCCGACCCUUCCGGUUGGGAACGAUCGCCACCAGGCGCAGGCGACCCGUGUGGUGCAGGACCUGGUGCCAUGGGUCGAGUACAAGCUGGCCGAAGCGCUGGUGAAGAUGGGCUUCUACGAUGAGGCGCCGGCGCUGGCUGAGCUUGAGCCGCUGUCGAUCAAGGACAGGGAUGUCGCUGGCGGGGGCGUUGCAUCCUUCAAGGAGAAGUGGUGCCCGCGCAACUGCGCCACAGCGGCCCGGGCCUCCGGCUUGUACGAGGCCGCUGGGAGCCUGUUUUGGGUGCCGGCGGGGGCGCGGGCGCAGGAGGUGCUGCCUGUGCAAGAUUGCACACGGGCGCAGGUGGAGGAGUUGAAGCCUCUUUUUGAGGAGGCGCAGGAGCUGGCGCGGGUGGUGUUUCCGGCAACCUUGAGUGCCUGGGUGGAGGACAUUUCUGUCCUCUACCCGCCGGGCGCGGGCGAAGGCGACUGCAUGCCGAAGGCACUGACGCUGGUGGAAAAUCACGCGCUGGUGGUGGCGUGGUGGUUGGCGAUGUUCGAAGCCCUCAGGGCGGAGAACCAGGACCGCGUCCGACUUCUGUACGAGUGUGCACUGACAGUCACGAUCCGGCUGUAUGUGGGGACGAGCAAGCAGGCGCUGGCGCUGAUGCUCUGGCAGGCGACAGACAAGAAAAAGCAGGUGCUGGCGGUGGCGGAUGACAACGUCAUCACGUUUGCAAAAAAGUUCCAGAUCAUCGUGGAGAAUUGUGGGGUGAAAGGAAUCGGAAAGCAGCUGGAGCACUGGAAGGCGAUCGGCCUCAACUUCAUGGGGAAGCCGGUGUAUCGAAUGUUGCACUACGCUCUUCUGGCGAUUGCGCAGCUGUCAGACAAGGCGCAGGCGUUGUUGCAGGAGCUGGAAAGCAAGGCCGGGCGCGCGAUCUUGACGGAAGGCCACUCCAAGUUGCACAACGUGAUGCGACGCGCAGGCGCUGGCGCGGACAACUCAGAAGCCAUCGAUCCGGUGGUGGCACUACUGGAACAGCUGCUGCACCUCCUGCUUGUUGAGGUGGACGGCGAGAAACUGCAGGCGCAGGACGCGACCUCGGACUUCUUCGAGGGCGGCAGAGGCGCCGGCGCUGGCGUGGGCUGGGUGGCGAUGUCGCUUUGCAAGCUGGCGGUGUUGGGGAAGGUGUGCGGCGUGCUGAGCACCUCGGAGGAGGCGUGGGCGAGCCAUGCCUUGCAGCAGAUCAAUGAUUUGGGGAAGGCGAGGCAGGCGCUGGCGAAAGCAGCGGAGGCGGAGUCUGUGAAAGUCUCAGAGGACGGCCUCUGGUCUGCUGUGUUUUCCUCCAAGGACGCGGUCCCGCCAGGCUACGCGGCCGACUUCAUCGCGUACGUCAGCAACUUGUUGGGCGGCGGCUACGACGCGGACCUCAAAACCUUCAAUGACAAAGAGAACUUGGUCGCGCAACUCCUUGCAGGCGAAGGCGACAACCCCGUGCUGAAGGACUGGCGGGAGGCCCUGGACACCCUGGACAGAGGGGUUUCCGGCUUGAGCACCGGCGUGGUGGCGGUUGAUUCGAUCCAGGAGGACUCGCUGGCGUCGGCACCCUUGUCACUGCUGAUGCAAAAGUGCGCCGCCGGCGACGACCUGGAGGAGGUCAGGGAGACUACUCGCCGAGAGCGGGCGGAGGUGUUGGCAAAGGCGCGGGGGCUCAGAAAAGGCCUGUGCCAGUUGUUGGUGCUGCCACAGGCGUGCACCAAGGAGGCGUUGCAGUCGGCCUUGGCCCGUGCAGGUGCAGGCGGAGCUGGCAACUUCCACGGGAAGUUGAACGAGAAGCACCGCGGCUACUUUCUCAUGGCCGACCUGGAGCAUGAGGAGAAGCAGGGCUGGGCGCAGGUGUCAGAGAUGAGCGGCUCUGUCAAACAGCGGUUUUCGCAGAAGUGCGCCUUCUUGAAGGGGCUGGCAGGGUCGUGCGACUUCGUCUGCGUCGGCGAUGGGCGCUGUCGCGCGGCACGUGCGACGAUCGAAGAGGCGCUGGUGAAGGACCUGGACUACACGCAGUUCUUCGAGCUUUGGGUGAGCUUCGCAGGCCCAUGUGUGCGGGCGUCAACGCGGCAGGUGGUGGGCGGGCAGGUGAACAAGGAGAUCAUCUUCGUCAAGCUGCCGGCGCCGCGCGUACGCCUGGCCGCCGUGGAUGACUUUGUCUCCAAGAGCAGCGGCGCUGGCGCGAAAGUCACGACGGCGGACACGAACUACGUGAACGUGCCGUUCCUGGCGUCGGCGAAGCUUCCCAAGCUGGCGUGGGCGGACAAGGCCGAGAUCCUUGGCAUGAACGCGGAUGCGGCGCCGGCGGACCGAGCACCGGAUGCGUGGGCGGAUGGCGAGGGCGCAAGCGCGGGCGUGCCACUGUUCUGGCAGGAGUCCAAGGGUGUGGCGGUGUGGCAGGCGUUGGUGAAGAACCAUAUGGUGAAGGAUGUCGUCGACCUGUCACCUGGUUCUGGGGCGCUGGCGUCGGCGUGCCUGUCCAAGGGCAUCCGGUACACGGGCUUCUGCGGCAACGAGAAGCACCGGAAGUGGCUGGAGAACCUGGUGGACAGGCAGGCGCUGGCGCUGGCGGCGACAGAGGGGCAUGCCCUCUGGACGCAGUCGCUGGCGGACCUCAUCCAGCUCCACUUCAAGGAUGUGGUCGCAGGCGAUGGCGGGGAUGGCGGCGGCGACGACGGCGACGAGGAGGGCGAAAACGAGGAGGAUGGCGAGGAGGACGAAGUGCCGCUUAUGGAUGCCGAGUGA